CGACAAGAAAAUCUCCCUUUGAUAACCUAUCAAAUGUUAUUUUCAACCCUCCAACAACGGUGAUCCAAUGACCCCAAUUUAUUACUCAAGCCAAAUCUAGAAGACCGGCGAUGAAGAGACUCUGACGAACUACGAUGUAUCUUCUCUUACCCUAAUAAUUGUCUGGCCAUCAUCACCUACUUUGAUGGCAAGCCCUUCAUCUUUCCCCGCUCCAACAAUCCCAAGGUAUGCAGAUCAACACUUUACUGGCCAAUUUCAACGCAACCCCAACUCAAGUGAGGCCUCUCUAAUGAUCCCUCAAUUCCGGCGACUCUCCUAUUGUUCGUUACAAGGUGCGAUAAGCACCUUGCCCUGUCUUCCCCAACUUCUCCAGCACUUCCUCAAUCUCAUCCAACAGCUCGGAGAAGCUACGUGCAAAGAUCUGUCCAAGUUCGACUACCCACAGCGGCCUCUGACCAAUUCUUAUUACUUCCGAAUGCGAAGCUCUGGUGGUAACUAUGGGGCAUAUACCUAUGAGAACCUUGAGAGAGAACCCUACUGGCCAUCUGAGAAGCUUCGCAUUUCCAUAACUGGAGCAGGCGGAUUCAUUGCCUCGCACAUCGCUAGGCGAUUGAAGAGUGAGGGGCAUUACAUCAUUGCUUCAGACUGGAAGAAGAAUGAACACAUGACAGAGGACAUGUUCUGUCAUGAGUUCCAUCUUGUAGAUCUCAGGGUAAUGGAUAACUGUUUGAAAGCCACUGAUGGAGUUGAUCAUGUGUUCAACCUUGCUGCCGAUAUGGGAGGCAUGGGCUUCAUUCAGUCCAACCACUCUGUCAUUAUGUAUAACAACACAAUGAUAAGCUUCAACAUGCUUGAGGCUGCAAGGGUCAAUGGAGUGAAGAGGUUCUUUUAUGCCUCUAGCGCUUGCAUUUACCCUGAAUUUAAGCAGUUGGACACUAAUGUGAGCUUGAAGGAGUCCGAUGCUUGGCCUGCUGAGCCACAAGAUGCUUAUGGGUUAGAGAAGCUGGCAACUGAGGAACUGUGCAAACACUACACCAAGGACUUUGGCAUUGAGUGUCGGAUUGGACGGUUCCAUAACAUCUAUGGACCCUUUGGAACAUGGAAAGGGGGGAGGGAGAAAGCCCCUGCUGCAUUCUGUAGGAAGGCUAUUACCUCUGCUGAUAGAUUUGAGAUGUGGGGAGACGGGCUACAAACCCGAUCAUUCACCUUCAUUGAUGAAUGUGUUGAGGGUGUUCUAAGAUUGACAAAGUCAGACUUUAGAGAACCAGUGAAUAUUGGAAGUGAUGAAAUGGUUAGCAUGAACGAGAUGGCUGAGAUUAUUCUGAGCUUCGAGGACAAGAAGCUGCCUAUCCAUCACAUUCCUGGCCCUGAGGGUGUGCGUGGUCGAAACUCAGACAACACUUUGAUAAAGGAGAAGCUGGGUUGGGCCCCUACUAUGAAAUUAAAGGAUGGGCUGAAAAUCACAUACUUCUGGAUCAAGGAACAAAUUGAAAAAGAGAAAACUCAGGGCAGUGAUGUGUCAAUUUAUGGCUCAUCAAAAGUUGUUGGUACACAAGCUCCAGUUCAGCUGGGCUCUCUUCGAGCUGCUGAUGGGAAAGAGUGAAGCUGGCAAUAGGGAAAUUUUUUUAGGUUGCAUUUCGAUAGGGUCAUUUGGAAUUUGGAAUUUGCAAUUCCAAAUUCACAGUUUGGAUACCCAAAAAAAAAAAAAAAAAUGAAAUGACACCUACAUAGUUGUCAAUUCAAAUAAUUUUGAAUUACAAAUUCAAAUGAUAU